GUCGCUUGACCCUGGUUAUGGAACAAGGACACUGUAAGCACUCAGUGCCUACUUCUAGGUUGCAAAACCUUAAAAAAUCUGGUGAGAGCUAUUGAUCUCCACUUCCACCUCUCUAACCCCAACCCCAUCCAUGUUCAGGUACUGGGAAUUUGGCUUACUACUUCAGAUAUUUCACAGAUCUCUCUUGAUGCCCAGUCAUGGGUUCCGGAGCCUGGUCAGUAAUAGGCACUAAAAUAUGUGUAGUCAGUGAAGUUCAGUUUAUCAUUUUUAAACGCAUGAAUCACUAUCUCCUUCACAGGAGGAAGAUAGAUAUCCUAUUAGCAAGUUUUAAUUAUGGGCCUGGACUGUAUCAAUAAUUUUGGAAGCAUUGCCAACAUGUCUGAUGUUCAAGAAGCCACUAACCAACUUUUGCAUGUGAACCUUCAUGAGAACCAGAGAUAUAUACACGUGACAGAAAGUGUCCCCAGAAGUGAGUCCGAGCAUCUUCGAGUCACUAUUGGAGCCACAGUACCUACUGGUUUUGAGCAAGUAGCUGCAGAUGAAGUGAGAGAGAAAUUGAGAUCAUCAUGCAAAAUCAGCAAAGAUCGGGGCAAGAUAUAUUUUGACAUUUCAGUGGAAAGUCUGGCUCAGGUUCAUCGUCUGAGAUCAGUUGAUAAUUUAUUUGUGGUUGUUCAGGAGCUUAAAGAUUUCCAGUUCAAAGAAACAAAGGAAAAAGUCCUAAAGGAUUUUGAAGAAUUAGCUGGGAAGCUUCCAUGGUCAGACCCUUUAAAAGUAUGGAAAAUUAACACCAGUUUUAAGAAAAAAAAAACAAAGCGCAAAAAGUUAAAUCAGAAUUUAAGUAAAGAGAAGAUUGAUAAUGGAGGAGACAAAAGAGAUGAGAGAGAUGUUAAAAAAGAGUUGUCUAAUAAUGCCUUAGAUUCACAUAUUUUAGACUACUAUGAAAAGCCAGCCAUCAAAGAAGAGAUAUCAACAUUAGUAGGUGAUGUUUUGGCAUCUUGCAAAAAUGAGAAUGAUGAGAGCUCAAAAGAAGACACUGAUCCCGAAGUGCUAAAGUUUAGAGUCACAUGCAACAGGGCAGGAGAGAAACAUUGCUUUUCCUCAAAUGAGGCUGCAAGAGAUUUUGGGGGUGCUGUUCAAGAUUAUUUUAAGUGGAAGGCUGACAUGACCAACUUUGAUGUGGAGGUGCUUUUGAAUAUCCAUGAUAAUGAAGUCAUUGUGGGCAUUGCAUUGACAGAAGAGAGUCUCCACCGAAGAAAUAUCACACAUUUUGGACCUACAACUCUAAGAUCUACUCUUGCUUAUGGAAUGCUCCGGCUCUGUGCUCCUCAACCUUCUGAUAUAAUAGUUGAUCCGAUGUGUGGAACAGGGGCAAUACCAAUAGAGGGGGCUACUGAAUGGUUUAACUGCUUUCAUAUUGCUGGUGAUAAUAAUCCAUUGGCUGUGAAUAGAGCGGCAAAUAACAUCUCAUCUUUACUGACCAAGAGCCAAAUUAAAGAAGGCAAAUUGUCCUGGGGCUUGCCCAUAGAUGCUAUUCAGUGGGAUAUCUGCAAUCUGCCAUUAAGAACUGGUUCUGUGGACAUUAUUGUAACCGACAUGCCAUUUGGAAAAAGGAUGGGCUCCAAGAAAAGAAACUGGAACCUUUACCCAGCUUGCCUAUGGGAGAUGAGCCGUAUCUGUAAACCAGGGACAGGCCGAGCUGCACUACUUACUCAGGACAAGAAAUGCUUUACAAAGGCAUUAUCUGGAAUGGAACAUGUAUGGCGGAAAGUGCACACUGUCUGGGUGAACAUAGGUGGUCUUCAUGCUGCAGUUUACCUUCUGAACCGUACACCUCAAACUUUUGUUCAUCCUUCAGGACAAGAUAAAGAGGAACUUCUAAGUGCAAAGAAUGAUUAAUAGUAUUUGUGCUUCCUGACACUGGAAAUGCCAGAAUUUUCUUGCUUUAAGAGAAAAAUAGUAUUUAGUAUUAACAAAAGUAGUUUGCUGUUUAAGUUGGUCUAAAGCUCUUCACCCAGGUUAGCAGGUGUGAAUGUAACGUCAUGGAAUUGAAAGUCUUAUGAGAGAAGAACAUUUCUUCCUUUGCAGCUGCUGUGAAGAGGUAGCUGGGCAAUUGGUACUUUUCCUAAAAUGCACUUGAGAUUUGGGUUUACAUUUUAUUUUCAGGCUUUGUACCAGUUCCUGUUGUCACUGUAGCCACCCUGGCCAAAUGGAAAAGCAGAGAACAUAAUCAUAGCAUCUUAGGCAACAUAGAUACUGCCUAUGUACUUUUGCUAUUUAGUUGCUCAAGUUCACUUUACAUCAACCUUAAAAAAGGAAUUAUUACAUUUUGUGAAAGUGUUUGCCCCAUGAUGAGAUGAAAUCUAACAAGACCUAUUGAAAAGUUUACCAUCUGCCUUAAAAAUUAAAGUAUGCAUGUUAUUCAGGUUAAUACAAAGAGGACUAGGAUUUAGCAAAGGAAUUAAAAAGAUACAUUUUUAUUUGUAAAUAGUAGCAAAUACAUUAAUUACUAGAUGAAGAAUGGGACCAACAAGUCCAAUUUAAAGAUUUUAUUUUUCAGUACACAAAAGUGGUAUUGCUUUUGAAAAUCAAACAUAAACCUGUCAAAAUAUUUUUGGUUUCUUAAAAGGACUGAUUUAUCUUUGAAUUAAAAACUUCACCUGA